GACAUAGGCAGACACAGAGGGAGAGAGAGGAGGGGGGCAGCAGGCGGUGCUGGCAGAGUUAACGCAGUCCUGCGAAGUUCGCUUUCUCGAACCGACUGGAAACGUUUGCACUUCGGUUUAAACCGGGAGCCGUGAAGACACUGCAGCUUUAACUUUGCAACCAUGAGACUUUGGUCCUUGCUGUUGUUCCCGGGGCUUUUAGUCUGUGUACUUUUCCCUCUAACAAACUGUGAAGAGCAGCGACUCCCCGACGAGAAACUUCUAGUUGUGACAGUUGCAACCAAAGAGACUGAUGGCUUCAGGCGCUUCAUGCAGUCGGCCAAACACUUCAACUACACUGUCAAGGUACUUGGUCGAGGUGAGAAAUGGAACGGAGGUGACUACAUGUCAGCUCCAGGAGGAGGACAGAAAGUACGACUCCUUAAAGCAGCUCUGGAGAAGAUGAAGACUCAGGACAAAAUCAUCCUUUUUAUUGACAGCUACGAUGUGAUUUUCGCCUCGGGUCCUGAAGAGCUGUUGAAGAAGUUCCAGCAGGCCAGACACAAGGUGGUGUUCUCCUCUGAGAGCCUGAUCUGGCCCGACAGACACCUGGAGGACAAACACCCCCAUGUGAGGGAGGGCAACAGGUUCCUAGGCUCAGGGGGUUUCGUUGGCUACCUUCCCAACAUCAAAGAAAUGGUUGCUGACUGGACAGGUGAAGACAAUGACAGUGACCAACUGUUCUUCACCAAGAUUUACAUCGAUCCAGCAAAAAGAAAAGCCAUAAAUAUCACAUUGGACAGCAAAUGCAGAUUGUUCCAGAACCUUCAUGGAGCCCUCGAUGAAGUGGUGCUGAAGUUUGAGGAUAGACGGGUUCGAGCCAGAAAUUUGCUGUAUGAUACCCUGCCUGUCAUCAUCCAUGGGAACGGACCAACCAAGCUCCAGAUCAACUACCUGGGUAACUACAUUCCCAACACAUGGACAUUUGAGAACGGAUGUACACUGUGUCAUGAGGAACUCCGCCCACUCACAGCUCUCAAGGAGAGUGAAUACCCACUGGUGGUGAUUGGUAUCUUCAUUCAGCAGCCCACCCCCUUUGUCACAGUGUUCUUUGAACGCCUACUGAAGCUCCAGUAUCCCAAGAACAGGCUUAAACUGUUUAUUUACAACCAGGAAACUCAUCACGAGCGUCAGGUCAGCUCUUUCCUGCAGGAUCAUGGAAGCCUUUAUCAGGAUGUCAAAUUCAUCGGGCCUGAAGAGGAGAUGGAUGGAGUUGCCUCCCGAAACCUGGGAUUUGACAUGUGCCGGAAGGACAAGGACUGUGAAUAUUUCUUCAGCUUGGACAUUGAAGUGGUCUUAAAGAAUGAGAACACACUCAAAAUUCUCAUUGAACAAAACCUCCCUAUAGUGGCACCCAUGAUAACUCGAGCUGGUCGACUAUGGAGCAACUUCUGGGGAGCCCUCAGUGUGGACGGCUACUACGCCAGGUCUGAGGACUAUGUGGACAUAGUUCAAGGACGCAGAGUGGGUGUGUGGAAUGUCCCAUAUGUGUCCAGUGUGUACCUGGUGAAGGCGGACCUCCUUCGAUCGGAACUCACAGAAUACGAGCUCUUUAACUCGCACAUCUUAGACCCUGACAUGGCAUACUGCCACAACAUCCGCAGCAAGGGAAUCUUCAUGUAUGUGACCAACAUGCAGACAUUCGGCCGCAUCCUGUCGACAGACAACUAUCAGACCGGCCAUCUUCAUAAUGAUCUGUGGCAGAUCUUUGAAAACCCAGUGGAUUGGCAGGACCGCUAUAUUCAUGAGAACUACACUUACAUCAUGAAAGACAAACUGAUUGAAACUCCCUGUCCUGAUGUGUACUGGUUCCCAGUGUUCUCUGAUGUUGCUUGUAACCAUCUUGUUGAAGAAAUGGAGCACUAUGGGAAGUGGUCAGGAGGAGGCAAUGUGGACACCAGAAUCCAAGGUGGCUAUGAGAACGUUCCCACAGUCGAUAUCCACAUGAAUCAGAUCAACUAUGAAAAGGAGUGGCACAAAAUGUUACUGGAGUACAUAGCACCAAUAACAGAGAAAAUGUAUCCGGGUUACUACACCAAGGCUCAGUUUGACUUGGCCUUUGUAGUUAGAUAUAAGCCAGAUGAGCAGCCCUCUUUGAGACCACACCAUGACGCCUCCACAUUCACUAUAAACAUUGCACUCAAUCAAGUGGGCCCUGAUUACCAGGGUGGCGGAUGCAGGUUCCUCCGCUACGACUGCUCCAUUCAGGCUCCUCGCAAAGGCUGGGCACUCAUGCACCCGGGCCGCCUCACCCACUACCACGAAGGCCUGCCGACCACCGCCGGCGUCCGGUACAUCGCAGUGUCCUUUGUGGACCCCUGAACACCCCAAAGAUGGCACACAUCACCGGCUAGUCCAGACCAAACAACACACGUCUUUCCACACCACAGCUGCUCUUGAUUUCCUGAUUUAGAGCGCUGACCAUUCCUCCGUUCCUUGUUUAAAGUUCAAAAUGAUAUUGCUUCUGUCUCAUUUAAAGGAUUAUACGCAGUUUGUGACUUUGAUCAACCUUUAUCAGCAGUAGAAUACCCAUGCUCUAUGAUGUAAUCAAACUAGGAUAGGCAUGCAAUUUGUGCCAGUGCUAGAAAAUGAGGGAAUUAUUUCUCCUGUAUCCAAGUUGGAAAAAAGGUGGGAAUAACACACUUAGCCAGUGCAAAAUUAAUGUGACAAAUACCGGCCACUGAUACGCUAAUCUGGAAUAACUCGAGGACUAAAUGGACUACUGACCUAACAUGAAGUUGGGACACUGUUACUCCCACCGUUCUGCCUGUCCUCUGAGAAAAUGUUACUGUAGUCCCAGUUCUAAACUAACUGGAUCAGAGGGGCUGUGGGAGGACUGGGUGAUCAGUUCAACUACUGCAGUCAUCACCAUCACCACAAGUAGAGCCACUGUGGUGAUCAAUCUGAAGGCUCCUGUUUGGUCUGGGGUGUGUGUCAAUAAUCCAGUCGGUCCUGUUGUGCCUUGAGCUGGACUUCUCUCAGGAAGUCACCAGGAGUUCAGCUUAGAUUUUAUUUUAAAAUGGUUUGUGAAAACCUUUAUUGUCCAAUAUUACUUCACUAACACUAUCUGGACAUUUCUGUAUCCAAAACAGUUAUUGUCCAACUCCAUCUUGAACACUCCAAAGCCUGUUAACCCUCUUAUUUAUUUUUUGUACAUUUUAUUUGAUAAAGCCCAAAAUCAAAACACUCCACUGAUGUAGAGCAGCUGAGUUUCUAAAAGUGUGACAUACUAAAUUGUCAUUGUUACAACUCACUGUGCUUUGAACACAACUCCAAUAAAACAGUGAACCCAA